GCGGACCGGGGGUCGCGGAGCCCCCCAAAGUGAGGGAGUCUGAGCCCCAAACCCGGGGAACCGGUCCCGGUUUGUCACCCUGUGACACCUUCCGGCGCCCCUGAGCAGGGGACAAGGACCCUCGGGCCACCCCCGCCAUGGCUGAGCAAGGGGACACCCUUUGUGGGGCCCCUGAGGAGCCGUCCCCAGGAGUGACCCUCAGUGACAGCCUCGUCAUCGCCCGCACCCGCUCCACGGGGCCGCUGCCCACCUGCACCAUCCGCUUGGACCGGGAGCAGAUCUCCUCCAUCGGGAGGCUCCGGAGGCGGGGGGAGAUCCACAGCCUCUACCUGCAGCAGAACCAAAUUGAGAAGAUGGAGAAUUUGGAGUCUUUUCCCAGCCUGAGGUUCCUCUGCCUGGCUGGGAAUCGCAUCCAGAGGGUGGAAAACCUGCAGGGCCUGCCCCACCUGAGCGCCCUGGACCUGUCCCACAACCUGAUCCAGGUGCUGGACACAGAGGAGCUGCCCCGCAGCCUCCGGAUCCUGGACCUGACAGGGAACCAGUGCACCCGGCAGGACGGAUACAGGGAUGUGGUGGUGGCAGCCCUGCCCCAGCUCCUGCAGCUGGAUUCCCAGCCCGUCCAUGGAAACACGGCCCAGGAAGAGGCGGGAGGAGGCUCCUGCAGCAGCAGCGAGGAGGAGGAGGAGGAGGAGGAGGAGGAGCUGCUCCCUGGGCUGAGCGUUCCCUUCACUGUGGACAAAGAUUUCCUGGUGGAUCUGCGGCGGGAGCUGGCGGGGCGGGUGCGCUGGCGGCGGAGGACGAGCCUGGAGGAGCACCGGGCCCGGCUGGAGGAGCUGUGGGAGCGCCGGGCUCUGCUGCUGGCCCCGGGGCAGGACGGAGCCGCCGGCACCGCCACACCCCGGCCGUGUCCCCAGCUCUGUCCCCAGGGGAACCCAGGGGCACCGCUGUCACCUCUGCGAGCUCCCGGGGCCAUCCAGCCCCCAGGCGAGGCUCUGGAGAAGGAGACUCCUGCCAAAGGAGCAGGAAAUGGGCAGUUAUCCCAAAUCCCCUGCAGCAGCAGCCCGGAAUAAAGACUUUAUUCCCACCCCA